AUGGCCGUAGCCACCAAGCCCAUUCCCAGGAUCGUCGCUGACCCACGCGCCUGCUGUCUCCACGUGUUUGUGAAUUUCUAUCUGGAGGAAUGGUGGACACUUAACCGCAAACUAAAGCGUGCUAGAGAGUUAGCCUUGGAACAACCACCCAAUUCGAUGAACGCACGCGACUUUCACCGUGCAGAUCAGGAGAUCGAUUCACUAGCGCACAAUGAACAACAAAAUGAGGCGGAUAAUGAAGAGGAGAAUCUGUUCCAGCCUAGUUUGGCGGACAUUUUCCGAGACUGGAUGAUUUCGACCAAUGUCCCCUUCAGUACCGUGAAUCGCCUGCUUGUAUCAUUGCAGCAUAAGCUUCCUGAACUGCCUCGAGACGCGCGGACACUGAUGAGAACACCCCGGUCAUGUCCAACUAGAGAAGUCCCCCCAGGAGAAUACAUCCACUUGGGCAUUGCGAACGGGCUUCGCCGGGUUGUGCCGAUGUACUUGCCACCCCAACCUCAUAUUAUCCAUUUACAUAUGAAUGUAGAUGGGAUGAAGCUGCACAAUAACGGUACAACCGUAAUCUGGCCUAUACUAGCACGUAUUGUGCGGCCCUUCACUAGCCCGGUAUUCCUUGUUGGGCUUUAUGGAGGAGUUCGUAAACCCGAGGACGUUUGUACAUACCUGCAUGACGUAGUGCAGGAACUGGAAGAUCUCCUGCGUCUGGGAGUUGUCGUUAAUGACCUGCAUCAUCAGGUCGUGUUGGAUGCAAUUAUUUGUGACAAACCGGCACGCUCCUUCGUCACACGAAUGAGAGCACACAAUUCCUACUAUGGUUGUGAUAAGUGCUGCAUAAAGGGACAAUACUUCCAAACGAAGAUAACGUUUCCAUAUGGGCAGCAUGUUCUGCGAACUGACAACAGUAUACGUCGGGAUACUCGAAACAGUCCGUCUCCAUUCUUUACGUUACCCAUUGAUUUCGUUCACUGCUUUCCCAUAGAUUAUAUGCACGCCGUAUGUCUCGGUGUUGUCCGUAGAUUAGUUUCCAUUUUCGUCAACGGUGAUCGACCCGUACGCAUCGGGCCUGCUGGCUUGAACAGGGUAGAUCGGAUGAUUCGGAAUAUACGUGCCCAUAUGCCCGUGGAAUUCCCGCGUAAGUGCCGGGAAAUUACACUGUACAAACAGUGGAAAGCGACUGAGUUUCGUCAGCUGCUGUUUUACAUUGGUCCCAUUGUGUUUAAGGACAUUCUUCCCCAUGAACGUUAUCAAAAUUUCAUAGAUCUAUUUAUAUCCGUGUAUUUUCUUUCUCAUCGUCGCUUUUCUGUUUCCCACAUUGAUUAUGCACGAUAA